GCGCCGCGUACUCUGCACUGCCAGUCGCGUCGCCGUCCGCGGCUUGCCCGCUUCCAAGAUGGCGGCGGCGGCGGCGGUGUCCGGUGUGCUGGGCCGGGCUGGUUGGAGGCUCCUGCAGCUGCGGUGCCUGCCCGUGCCGUGCUGCCGACCAGCCCUGCUGCCUCGUGCCUUCCAUGCUUCAAUUAUGCAGCUGAGAUCUUCAGAAGAGCAGAAGCAGCAACCUCCCCCCUCCUUUUCUCAGCAACAUCCUGAGACGCAAGGCAUGGAAGAACCCCAUCCAGAGUCUUCUCGUUCACCCCCCAGGUAUACAGAUCAAGGUGGCGAGGAGGAGGAGGACUAUGAGAGUGAGGAGCAGCUGCAGCACCGCAUCCUAACGGCAGCCCUAGAGUUCGUGCCUGCCCAUGGGUGGACGGCAGAGGCAAUUGCAGAAGGAGCCCAGUCUCUGGGUCUCUCCAGUGCAGCCGCCAGCAUGUUUGGGAAUGAUGGCAGUGAGCUGAUACUGCAUUUUGUGACCCAGUGCAACGCUCGACUCACCCGUGUGCUGGAAGAGGAGCAGAAGCUGGUACAGCUGGGCCAGGCAGAGAAGAGGAAGACAGACCAGUUCCUGAGGGACGCAGUGGAAACCAGACUGAGAAUGCUGAUCCCGUACAUUGAGCAUUGGCCCCGGGCUCUCAGUGUCCUCAUGCUCCCCCACAACAUCCCGUCCAGCCUGAGCCUGCUCACCAGCAUGGUGGAUGACAUGUGGCAUUACGCUGGGGACCAGUCCACUGAUUUUAACUGGUACACCCGCCGAGCUGUGUUGGCUGGCAUCUACAACACGACAGAGCUGGUGAUGAUGCAGGACUCCUCCCCAGACUUUGAGGACACUUGGCGCUUCCUGGAAAACCGAAUUAAGGAUGCAAUGAACAUGGGCCACACUGCCAAGCAGGUGAAGUCCACCGGAGAGGCCCUGGCGCAAGGACUUAUGGGAGCAGCAGUGACACUCAAGAACUUGACGGGUCUAAACCAGCGCCGGUGAGCAAGCAGGGGUGUAAACUAGAGUGCCCAGAAGAAAACCUGCAGAUACAUUUAAAUGGCUUUGAAACACAAAGAGCUGUCCACGGAACAGGGUGUUAACAAGAGAACACCAAAAGACUCUGCCACACUACCACAGCCACCUGGAAACCACGGGGCACUGGAUCAAACAGUUGUAACCUGGGAUUGGGCCACUUCUUCAGUUCCUAACACCAGGCCAGGCCUCCUCAUACCUUUCUGCAUUGCAGUCACGUGACUGAAAAAUGUGGCACUCGAUCAAGCAUUCAAGCCACGGAAACCCAGCACAUCCCUGUCAUGGUCUCUCAGGCACCUAGAUCAUGUCAGCCUUCUUAGAAGUGCUCCCUGGGGCUUGCAAGAUGGAGUCAGAGUCUGAAGCCACCUGAAGUGGCAGCUCAUCCACAGCCCAGCACAGGCCAGUGCACACAGGGUGUUCCAUGCUGCCCUUUCCUUCUCCAGGGUCUUGAGCUGCUGCACCUGGGAACCCCCUGAGCAGGCGGCCUCACCUUAGACUGGUGCUUGCUGGACAGCAGUGUUUGGCCUGGUCAGAGGUGUGGUCCCAGGCCUUGUGUCUCAUUACACCAGCACACGUUGCAGCAUUAUUAGUGAACUUAGAAUCUGUAAAAAUUGUAAUAAAUGUUUGAAGCAGUU